GGAGAGGUAUGGCGAGAAUGAAUGUUAGUUUGAUAUUUUGGUAUGAUUGUUAUAUCCCCUUGUUAUGAAUGCGAAGUGUUGCACGUGUUGUGAACUGAGUGAUUAAGUCUUCAUUGAAUGUGCGAGAGAAUGUGUUAAGUCAGUAAGGUCUUGCUCCCGGUCCAGGAAGGUUGGACGUUUACUUCCUGGACUGGUAUUUAUGUAUUUAUAAGUUUAUGGACUGGUGUUUUGUUUAUUAAUAUUUACUUGAGCAAUAUUGGAUAUUAAAAUAUUGAUAUAUUCUUGGAGAUUUGGAGUUGGAGUUGAUGUGUAGACUAUCUAGUGGUAACUGUUCUUAUUUGAGUAAUUAAACAAGUAUUGUUAAGUGUUAUUGAGGAUUCAUACACCCUAACGAGCCAACCAAGUCCAGCCAAGCUUAAGAACCCUGACAUCUGGAGGCUUCGUCCGGGCAGGUAUCGUUGUACCUGUUACCUGUAUUAUUAAACACCAGUGUAUUAACCGGUGUACUAAUACAGUGUUUUUUCUUGACAUCUAUCUGAGGGCUAGUCCGGGCAGGUCAGUUAUACCUGUUAUGUCAUUCGUCACGUUGAAGAAGUCGAUAAGAAAAUAAAGAAUAAGCAACACAAGCAAAGAAAAGGAUACUGAAUUUUUUGAGCUUCGUCCGGUCUGGGACAGUAACUAUUGUACAUGACAUUGUCUACUAAAGUUGGAUUCAAUGCAAUCUGUAUUAUUUGUAACCUACUACUCGUUGACAUUUUGGGCCUCGUUCGGCCAGUAUUUGAGAGUCUCUUGACACAAAUUGAAGAACUUGACAUUGUUAACAUUUUUGAGGACACGGAGGAACUAUUUUUUUUUCGCCAUCAACACGUUAUUGUUGAAGUCAAGCAGUCUACUAGAACUCUACGAAAGGUCAUUGACUAAUGUAGACUUGCAGCUACUUCUGUAUACCGAGGUCAUUGCGUCACCCACCAUUUAAAGGGACAUCACCAUUUAAAGGGACAUCACCAUUUAAAAGGACAUCACCAUUUAAUGAGACACUACUACUACUACUACUACUUACUUAGUAUUGGAUUAUUGGAAUUAGAGACAUCGCCAUUUAAAGGGACAUCACCAUUUAAAGAGACACUACUACUUACUUACUAUUGGAUUAUUGGAUUUUGAGAUAUCGCCAUUUAAAGAGACAUCGCCAUUUAAAGGGACAUCACCAUUUAAAGAGACACUACUACUACUAGUUUUCACUUACUAUUGAAUUAUUCUACAUGAAUGCAAUUACUCAAGUAAUCGUGAUUUAUCUACCUUUACUACAUUGAUGUUGGAUUAUUAUUAAAUUAUUGUACUACCUGACUAGAUAAUCAUCUUUCUCUUUUGUAUGCUCCCAUUAUUAUUACUAUUAAUAUCAUAUCAAUGUUUGAAUAAUUUUGUUUUCUAUUUGUUUCAUUCUCUAAAUCUGCUGUGAGUCAUAAAGCGUUUACAAGGAGGCCGAACAGCGACCUGACACUCCAGAAGCUCUACAUUCUUAAAGCAACACUGUCGUGUGGAAAGAGUUGUCAUUUCUUUCCUGGCAUCAGACACAGAUAAGUUGAGUUUUCUUUUGUCUGUUGUAUCGAGCAUUCAGGGUCGAGUGUACAUUGCCUUUUCAGUAGGGGAGAUAAAGGGUGAAUUUUUUUUUGUUGAUCCUUUUUAUAAUUUAUUGUCUUAUGUAAAUUGAACGUUACUUGUUAACUUAACCUUUAUAAGUUAAUUUACGCUUAUUCAGUAAUAUUUCUUAUUAUUUGUGAUUACCAUGGACGAGUUUAAACCUAGGUCAAUUGAGGUAUUAAUAGAACAGGCCCACAUAUUUGGAAUUCAGGGUGAUGAAUUACGAGAGUUUGUUUUAAACCAACAAAAACUAGAUCUAGAUAGAUUAAAAGAUUUAAACCGACAAAAACUAGAUCUAGAAAGAUUAAAUUUAGAAUUAGAAAGAAACGCAAUAGAAGUGGUAAAGUUGGAAAUAGAACUGGACGAGUUUAAACCUAGGUCAAUUGAGGUAUUAAUAGAACAGGCCCACAUGUUUGGAAUUGAGGGUGAUGAAUUACGAGAGUUUGUUUUAAACCAACAAAAACUAGAUCUAGAAAGAUUAAAAGAUUUAAACCGACAAAAACUAGAUCUAGAAAGAUUAAAAUUAGAAUUAGAAAGAAAGGCAAUAGAAGUGGUAAAGUUGAAAAUGGAACUGGAAGUAAAACUGUCAUUACAGGGAGAUGUAAACUAUAAAAUAGAAAUUGAAAAUGACAUAUUAACUAAUGAGGAACAAAAUAACUGUCAGGAUAUUGAUAAUAAUAUAAGUGGGAUAGAAGAUAAUGAAGAAAUUGAGAAUGUCUUAUCUAUACAUCCGAAAUAGCUUGCUGUGUGUUGCACCAAGUAGAUGGCUUCCUUCCGGUAAAGUGCAGAGAGCUGACAUAUAGAGAGCAGCAUUACUUCAUUAGUAGCGUUGAGUGUCCAACGCCUAGACAGAUACCUCUGAUACCCAGGAGGAUGCACAAUUCAGUUUGACCACAGACCAUUGUCUAUUAGCAGAUACACUGUCAAGACUUAGCAUAUUUGUAUUAGUUAUAAUUGAUAGAAUUCAUUUUUUUCCCCAAUACAAUGUGAAACGUGCCUUUAACUAUUAGAGAUGGUAUCUUGUCGUAUAUUAUUGCUAUACAUAGGAAUUGAUCUUGUCUUGUAUUUUUGCUGUUUUACAUAUUAAAUAUUAACGUGGGAAGGACUAUGCCUGCCGACUUCAAAUUGUAAUUUAACUCUCCAUGCCACUAUUUUUUUUUCUCAUUUAUUCUUUUCUCUCUUUCCCUUUGUUGUAAAUAGCUGGACAUAUUUCUUUUGUUAGGUUAAUAAGGGCUAUUCAACUUUAAUGUACAUUAUGUACAUUGGUGUGUAGAUAUAUAUGUUUAUAUAUAUGUAAAUAAGUAUGUGUAUGACACAGUGUGUGUAUGUAUAUAUAUUUAUGUAUAUAUUUGAAUGACUGUUAUCUAAUAACAGUCAUAUCGUGAGAGGGGGGAUGUCAAGGAGAGGUAUGGCGAGAAUGAAUGUUAGUUUGAUAUUUUGGUAUGAUUGUUAUAUCCCCUUGUUAUGAAUGCGAAGUGUUGCACGUGUUGUGAACUGAGUGAUUAAGUCUUCAUUGAAUGUGCGAGAGAAUGUGUUAAGUCAGUAAGGUCUUGCUCCCGGUCCAGGAAGGUUGGACGUUUACUUCCUGGACUGGUGUUUUGUGUAUUACUAUUUUAUAAGAGUGAUAUAAUUGUGUGCUUUAUUAAGUAUUAAAGUAUUAUCGAUAUUCGUGAAUAUAAGGAGUUAGAGUUGAUGUAUAUUAAGUGUUCGUAUUUGAGCAAGUAUUGAAUUAUAAUUGAGUAACCAAGAAAGUACCAAUCAAGUAUUAUUUAAUAUUCAAGAAACCCCUAGUGAGCCAAGUUAAGUAACACAACAAGACAAGAGAAGAGCAGAGCAGAGCAGCAUAGCAACAGUAUAUAUAUAUAUAAUUUAGAACCCUGA